CGACGCUAUUAAAGAAGCUCAUAGAAUUAUCUUAAAAAUAUAUUAAAAAAGAAAAGAAAAAUCGCUAUCUCCGAUCUCCAUCGCAAACCCUAGAACUUCAUCAUCUCGUCUUUUCAGGGAUAUUGAUGUUAGAGCUGUUUAAUGAGUGAAGGAAGUGCUUCGUUCAGCUGAGAAAGGGAUGUAUUGAAGUGAGUAUGAGAAUAUUGCUUGGUCAUUUACUCAUUUUCUCAAGUUAGUUCGUAGUUAAUAUUACAUGUUGUGUUUAGUUUGUUUCUCCUUAGAACACAAGUUGAAGGAAGGAUCAUGGCAUGGUGACUACGACCAAGUAAAUUUUUUAUAUUUGACAUUAUUGGCCCGUGUUAAUUUCCUGAAGCUUUACUUUUCUUACCUUGUCAGCAGGUUUGGGUGGCGGUUUUAUCAUUUUUAAUCAGUGGUGGGCCUGGUGGCGUUGGUGGUUUUUAAGCAUCUGUAUAUUUUUUGUUAUCUUGCAACUCAACUUGAUUAUUUGAGCUAGAAACUUAGUCACUCGGGAAUGGUCGUUGAAACUUGUAAUUGUAUCACGAAGUCUUGAUGCCAAGUGGGAUCUCCGUGAGGGAGGAUGAACAUCGUUAAGGGUGUUGCUGACCUUAUCCGAAGAACUUCGUCGGGCCAAAUUGGUGAACCUUCAGGUUACCAAGCUCAAAAAUUUUCUCCUCCUGGACCAAAGAUUCGCUUCAGUGAUGUUGGUGAUGAGGCAAUUGUAAAUACUCUAUGGGAGCGAUAUGAGAAAGUUGAUGAUAAGGUGGAGAAAAAGAGGUUGCUUCACGUUUUCAUCAAGCAAUUUGUAGUUGCCUACAAGGACUGGCAACCUGUAAAUUCCGGUAUAUUGUUAGAGUCUGCAUCUGUUGAGAACUUACAAUCUGCUGAUGAUGUGGUUGUUGGCUGCUCAGCUGGACAUCCCGUUGAAGUUAUUCGAGUAUUAAUUGAUGAGAUUACUCAGCUAAGCUCAUUGGUCACUGAGUUGAGCACCAGCGUGGUGCAAUCCCCAGAAGAGUUAUCUGGGGCCACUACCAAAUCAUUUAUUACAUCUGAAGGAUAUUUUAUUUUGGAUGCACUAAAAAUUAUAACCCGUUCAUUAUAUAAUUGUCGUGUCUUUGGAUACUAUGGUGGGGUUCAGAAACUUACAGCACUAAUGAAAGGGGCUGUCGUACAACUUAAAACCAUAAGUGGUGCCCUUUCUGCUGAUGAAAGUUUGUCUGUCUUUGUGGCAGAUAAAAUCAAGCUUCUCCAACAAAUUCUGACAUAUGUUGUGUCAAUCAUUUAUAUUUUCAUUGAUUUAGGAUAUAAUAUAGACAAACAAGAUGAGUUGUUCUGCCAUCCUGUAGGCAUUACUUUUCAUGCUGAUGCUCCAAUCAGCUCUUCAAACAGUUCAAGGGAUUUAUCUACUGAAGCAAGGCUACAUUGGCGACAGAAAGCAGUUGUUUCUGUGAUGGAGGCUGGUGGUCUAAAUUGGUUAGUAGAGCUAUUACGUGUCAUCAGAAGAUUCAGCUUGAAAGAGCUGUGGAUGGAUGAUUCACUUCAGUACUUGAGCUUGAAAAUCCUAUCCUUGGCCUUGGCUUUAAAUCCCCGGGGUCAAAAUCAUUUUAAAAGUAUUGGAGGGCUGGAAGUGCUUUUGGAUGGUCUUGGAUUUCCAUCGAAUUAUGCUAGAGUUUACAGUAAAUUUGUUUUGGCUGACGGAUUGAGGGAUGAUAAACCACUGCAGAGAACUUUCCAGCUUCAUAUUCUUGCUCUGGAAGUUUUGAGGGAAGCUGUCUAUGGAAAUACAAACAACUUGCAAUUUCUUUGUGAAAUUGGUAGGGUGCAUAAAUUUGCAAAUAGCUUUUGUUCACCAGCUUUUGUGCUUCAAGAUUUGGGGCAAGAGAAGGGUCAUCCUCUGCAUCAGGCUGUUGGUUUGCUUGAUCUUGACACUAAAAAGGAAGAGAAUGGUGUUAAACCCAAUCCCGCUGCGUCAUCAGCUAGCCAUCCAACCCAUGUUUCCUUUUUUGAGUUUUGGAAUGAUUAUGUUAUAAGGUUGAGCAGGGGUCUUUGUUCAUUUCUUCUAGUACCUGAAGGCUCAAAAUCUCUUACGGUCCAAGUAUGUUCUAGUCGAUUGUCAUUGCCUAUUUCUUCGGCCUAUUGUGAACUGUCAAUCAAAUGGGUCAUAAGAGUUCUAUUUGCAGUAUUUCCUUGCAUCAAAGCUUGCUUAAGUCAGAAUGGGUCGCCAAGUUAUUCAAGGGUUUUUGUCACAAUUCUACAGAACACAGUUCUUAAUGCAUUCAGAGACAUUCUCUCUUCUUCUCCUCUCUUACUUGAAAUUUUCCGUGAAGAGGGAAUAUGGAAUCUUGUCUUUUCAGAAAAUUUCUUUUUCUUCGAAUCAGUUUCUGAUGAAUCUGCUAGACAGAUACUUGAUAACGAUGAGGAUUCUGAAAUACUGUCUGCUCCAAGUAGUGUAAGCAACAUGGCAGAAGUUAGUGGUGUCAAUAAUCUACAGUUAGAAAUAAUUUCAUUUGUGGAGUUUGCUGCCACUUCAAGUGGAAAUGCACACAACAUGGCUGAAAUGUCUGCUAUGCUGGAUGCACUUGAACAUUCUGCUUAUAAUCCUGAAAUUGCUAGUGUUCUUUUGAGGAGUUUGGUUCGCAUUUUGCAGCUCUCUCCAGAAAAAACAAUUGCUUCCUUUAAUACAUUGGAUGCAAUUUCCCGGGUUCUAAAGGUUGCUUGUGUUCAAGGACAAGAGUCUAGAAGAUCUGGUAUCAUGAACCCCUCCAAUGAGAAUAGUAGCAUGGAAUUAUUAUCACUGGUGCAUGACCAAUAUAAAUCCAAUUUGUCUGAGAGUGUAAAAAGUUGGUUUAAUUGUAUGAAAUUAUGCCUGGAGUUCUUUUCCAAGUUCUCAGAAGCUGUUGAAGACACUAGGAGUUUGAUCUUGCAUAAUUUUUCAUGCGUUGAUUGCUUGUUUGAUUUGUUUUGGGUAGAAGGUUUGAGACAGGAUGUGCUUAGACACAUACUUGAUCUAAUGAAGAUUGUACCACACUUUGAGGAAGAUAAAAAAGCAAUGUUACAGUUAUGCUCUAAGUAUUUAGAAGUGUUCACUCAAAUAAAAGAACGGGAAAAAAGUUUUGUUGAUCUGUCUAUUGAUUUGUUGGGUGGGAUGAGAGAUUUGCUACAGGCUAACCAAGCAUACUAUCAAGCUCUAUUUCGUGACGGGGAAUGCUUCUUGCAUGUUGUAUCGCUGCUUAACAGCAACCUUGAUGAGCCAAAUAGGGAGAAAUUAGUUUUGAAUGUCCUCCAAACACUCACUUGUCUGCUUGCAAGUAAUGAUGCUUCAAAGGCUGCAUUUAGAGCACUUGCUGGAAAGGGUUACCAGACAAUGCAGAGUCUUCUGUUAGAUUUUUGCCAUUGGCAUUCAAGUGAAAGCUUUCUAGAUGAAUUGCUUGAUAUGCUUUUUGACGGAAAAUUUGACAUCAAUACUAGUCCAAAGAUUAAGAAUGAAGAUGUAAUAAUAUUAUAUCUAUCUGUACUGCAAAAGAGCAGUGAGUCUUUGCAGCAUUAUGGACUAGACAUGUUUCAGCAACUGCUAAGAGAUUCCAUCUCCAACAGAGCUUCUUGUGUCAGAGCAGGAAUGCUUAAUUUUCUUCUUAAUUGGUUUUCUCAAGAGGAUAAUGAUAGUGUAAUCUUUAAGAUUUCUCAUUUAAUUGAAGCCAUUGGUGGGCAUAGUAUAUCCGGCAAGGACAUCCGCAAAAUCUUUGCUCUACUGCGAAGUGAGAAAGUUGGGAAGAGGAGACAAUACUGCUCUGUUUUGUUGACAAGUCUCUUGUCAAUGCUACAUGAGAAGGGGCCAACUGCAUUCUUUGAUCUUGAUGGAAGUGAUUCCGGUAUCAUUCUUAAAACACCUCUGCAGUGGCCUAUGUAUAAGGGUUUUUCUUUUUCCUGCUGGCUCAGGAUUGAGAACUUCCCUAAAAAUGGAACAAUGGGUCUUUUCAGUUUUCUUACGGAAAGUGGAAAAGGAACCUUGGCUGUGCUUGCAAGGGAGAAGCUAACUUAUGAGUCAAUUAACCUAAAGAAACAGCGUGUGGACCUGAAUGUUAAUCUAGUUAGGAGUAGAUGGCAUUUUCUUUGCAUAACUCAUAGCAUUGGAAGAGCGUUUUCAGGGGGUAGUUUGUUGAGAUGUUAUAUCGAUGGUGAUCUUGUCUCAUCUGAAAGAUGCAGGUAUGCUAAAGUGAGUGAAUCAUUAACAAGUUGUACGGUUGGUUCAAAAAUUAAGAUGCCUCACUAUGAAGACAAUGCACUCAUCUUUGAAUCAAUCCGAGAUUCGGGCCCUUUUUUUGGCCAAAUUGGCCCCAUUUAUUUGUUUAACGACGCCCUUUCUGCUGAACAAGUUCAGAGUAUCUACUCUCUGGGACCCAGUUAUAUGUAUUCAUUCCUUGAUAAUGAAGCUUUACCACUUUGUGGUGAUAAGUUACCCAGUGGGAUUCUUGAUGUAAAAGAUGGUCUUGCAUCAAAAAUCAUCUUUGGACUCAAUGCUCAGGCAAGUGUUGGCAAAAUGCUGUUUAAUGUUUCACCAAUAAUGAGUCAGGCAUUGGAGAAGAAUUCCUUUGAGGCGGCUGUAAUUGGUGGAACUCAGUUAUGUUCACGACGCUUGCUGCAGCAAAUAAUAUAUUGUGUCGGUGGCGUAUCUGUGCUUUUCCCGCUUAUCGCCCAGACACAGUGUAGUAAAUUUGAAAUUGAAAAGGUGGGAGAAUAUGAAAAGACAUUAGUAGCACAGACAAUGAGGGAAUAUAUGAUGACCGAGGUUAUUGAGCUGAUUGCUUCUCUUAUAGAUGAGAACUUAGCAAAUCAACAACAGAUGUAUCUUGUGUCUGGAUUUUCUGUCCUGGGAUUCUUGUUACAAUCAGUUCCUCCACGAGAACUUAAUAUGGAGACUCUUUCUGCAUUGAAGCAUCUUUUUAAUGUUGUUUCUAACUCUGAAUUGCUUGUGAAGGAGGCUAUUUCUAGCAUAUUUCUUAAUCCUCUUAUCUGGGUCUACGCAAUUUACAAGGUGCAACGAGAACUAUACAUGUUUCUGAUUCAACAAUUUGAUAGCGAUCCUCGAUUACUGAGGAGUUUGUGCCGGCUUCCACGUGUUCUUGACAUAAUUCACCAAUUCUAUUGUGAUAAUGUCAAGUCUCGAUUCCUUCCUGGAAGUAACCCUGAUCAACAUCCUGUUAGCAAAGGAAAUACUGAGCAGAGACCUGGUGUAGAAGAAAUACAUAAGAUCCGUCUUCUUUUGUUAAGUCUUGGUGAAAUGAGUCUCAGGCAGAACAUUGCUGCAGGCGACAUAAAAGCUCUUAUAGCUUUUUUUGAGACAAGUCAAGAUAUGACUUGUAUUGAAGAUGUCUUGCACAUGGUUAUUCGUGCUGUUUCCCAGAAACCAUUGCUUGCUUCUUUUCUCGAGCAAGUUAAUAUCAUUGGUGGUAGUCAGGUUUUUGUCAAUCUUCUCCAGCGAGAAUCUGAAUCCAUCAGGUUACUGAGCUUACAGUUCAUAGGAAGGCUUUUAGUUGGGCUACCAUCUGAGAAGAAGGGAACAAGAUUUUUCAACCUCCCAAUGGGACGACCUAGAUCUCUUUCUGAAGGCCAAAGGAAAAACAGAAUGCAACCAAUUUUCCUAGCUAUAUCUGAUAGACUGUUCUACUUUCCACAGACUGAUAAUCUCUGUGCCACGUUAUUUGAUGUUCUUCUUGGUGGUGCUAGCCCCAAGCAGGUUUUACAAAGGAACAACCAAUUUGAGAGGGUCAGAAGCAAGGGCAUUACUACCCAUUUUUUACUUCCUCAAAUGUUGCCACUGAUUUUCAGAUAUCUGUCUGGCUGUGAAGAUGGACUUGCAAAAAUUAAAAUUAUCAGAGAUCUACUUGAUCUUCUUGAUUCAAAUCCUUCCAAUAUCGAAGCUUUUAUGGAAUAUGGGUGGAAUGCAUGGCUUUCAUGUUCUCUAAAGCUUGAUAUUUUAAAAGACCACAAUGUCCAGUCACUUGAUCAAAGUGAAAAUAGCAUGGAUCAGCUGCUAUUGGUGAGGAACUUGUUUUCUCUAGUUCUCUGUCACUAUUUGCAUUCUGUAAAAGGUGGUUGGCAACAAUUGGAAGAGACAGUCAAUUUCCUUAUCAUGCACUCUGAAGAUGGCAAUUCGUGUCCAAAUUUUCUUCGAGAUAUGUAUGAUGAUAUUAUUCAGAAUAUGGUGGAGCUGUCAGCUGUGGAUAAUAUUUUCAUUUCACAACCCUGUCGAGAUAAUACGUUGUAUUUGCUGAGACUAAUUGAUGACAUGCUGAUAUCUGAGAUUGACAAAGAACUCCCGUUCUUUGGAAGUGACUCUGAAUUUCACCUUAACUUGGAAAUGGAAUCUCACAAAGAGUACAACUCCGCUUUAAAAGAAGUGCUAAUAGGAGAGGCUGACGAACAAACAUCAAGAAAAUCAAAGAAUUUCAAGCCGCCAAUGACAAAUGAUGAUUCGAUUGCAGAGAAAUGGUGGAAUCUAUAUGACAAAUUGUGGGUUGUUAUUAGCAAGAUGAAUAAUAAAGGACCUAGCAACAUGUUACCCAAAGCUUCAUCGUUUGCAGGACCAUCCCUUAGUCAAAGGGCACGUGGAUUAGUUGAGUCAUUAAACAUUCCGGCCGCUGAAGUGGCUGCUGUUGUUGUAUCAGGAGGAAUUGGCAGUGCUUUGAGUGUAAAACCUAACAAAAAUGUUGAUAAAGCUAUGGUUUUACGGGCAGAAAGGUGCCCUAGAAUUAUUUAUCGCCUUGUUAUCCUGUACCUUUGUAGAGCUUCCUUAGAAAGGGCAUCCCGGUGUGUCCAACAGUUCACCUCACUUUUACCUUCCCUUUUAACUGCUGAUGAUGAACAAAGCAAGAGUAGGCUUCAACUUGUUAUUUGGUCACUGCUUGCAGUUAGGGCACAGUAUGGAAUGUUGGAUGAUGGUGCUCGUAUUCAUCUCCUAUCUCAUCUGAUACGAGAGACUGUCAAUAUUGGAAAAUCGAUGCUUGCUACUAGCAUUGUGAGCAGGGAUGACACCAUGGAUUCAAGCCAUAACUCAAAAGAUGCAGGAUCCCUACAAAAUUUGAUUCAAAAGGAUCGUGUUCUUGCAGCAGUCAGUGAUGAAGCUAAAUACAUGAAGACAUCAAAGACUGACCGCGACCAGCAGAUACAGGAACUCCAUUCUAGAUUAGAUGAAAACUCAUUGGCUGAAUCUAGUAACAAGAAAGUUAUUGAAGAUGAGAUACAAAAUAGCUUGAACACUGUUCUAGCUUCGGAUGAAAGCAGAAGAACGGAAUUCCAGCUUACUUAUGAGGAGGAGCAGCAGAAUGUAGCUGAAAAAUGGAUACACAUGUUUCGUUCAUUGAUUGAUGAGAGAGGCCCUUGGUCUACCAACCCCUUUCCAAACCAUGCUGUCAAACGCUGGAAACUGGACAAGACAGAAGAUACAUGGCGUCGUAGGCCCAAACUUCGACAAAAUUACCAUUUUGAUGAAAAUCUGUGUAAUCCUCUUUCAAUCACGUCUGCCGAGGUUGCUAGUCCAGUCAAUGAUAGUAAUCCUGGUGUUAUGGCAAACAUAUCGGAGCAAAUGAAGGAACUAUUGCUGAAAGGGAUAAGGAAAAUAACUGACGAGGGGUCCUUGGAUGGUAAUGAAACCAAUACUGAAGUAGGUGGACAGAAGACACCGAUUCUGUCUGAUAAUCCAGAUUGUCAAUCCUCUGACAUACUUAAGGAGAGCAGUGACAGAAAGGAUACUGGCCAAGAUCGUAAAGACAUUUCCUCUUCGUCUGAUACAGAAGCUAGUGAGGUGCUGGUGUCAGUUCCAUGUGUUCUUGUGACCCCAAAGAGGAAAUUAGCUGGUCAUUUGGCUAUCAUGAAAAAUGUUUUGCAUUUUUCUUCUCAAUUCUUGGUUGAAGGUACCGGUGGGUCAUCUGUUUUCAGAAACUUUGAUGCAUCAACUAGUUCUGAUGGGACCAAGUCUGAUCAAAAGAAGUGGCCUGCUUCUGAUAUGGAACUCCAGAAGGGAAUUACAGUUGGCAAUGUAGAGGUUAUAAAUGGGAAUGGUUCUUCUAAACUUAUGAGAUGUGUUAAACGCCAUCGAAGAUGGAGCAUGGCCAAGAUAAAAGCUGUUCAUUGGACUCGGUAUUUGCUAAGAUAUACUGCCAUAGAGAUCUUCUUCAGCAAUUCAGCUGCCCCAGUUUUUCUAAAUUUUGCAUCUUUGAAGGACGCAAAAGAUAUUGGGAACUUGAUAGUUAAUUCAAGAAAUGACUAUUUAUUUCCCAAAGGAAAUGGAAAGAGUGGUUCUAUUAAUUUUGUUGAUCGCCGAAUGGCACAGGAGAUGGCAGAAACUGCCAGAGAGAGCUGGAGGAGAAGGGAAAUAACGAACUUUGAAUAUUUAAUGAUUCUCAACACACUAGCUGGAAGAUCUUAUAAUGAUUUAACCCAGUAUCCUGUUUUCCCUUGGGUCUUGGCCGAUUACUCGUCUGAGCUUCUUGAUUAUAACAAGUCAUCUACAUUUCGGGAUCUCUCAAAGCCUGUUGGAGCACUCGAUAAUAAACGAUUUGAGGUGUUUGAAGACAGAUACCGUAACUUCUGUGAUCCUGAUAUACCCAGUUUCUACUAUGGAUCUCAUUACUCAAGUAUGGGCAUAGUGCUUUAUUACCUUCUUAGAUUAGAACCCUUCACAUCUCUUCACCGUAAUCUACAGGGUGGUAAAUUUGAUCAUGCUGACCGUCUUUUUCAAAGCAUUGAGGGCACAUACAGAAAUUGCCUUACGAAUACUAGUGACGUGAAGGAGUUAAUACCUGAGUUCUUCUACAUGCCUGAGUUUCUUGUCAAUUCAAACUCGUAUCAUCUAGGAGUUAAACAGGAUGGUGAACCUAUAGCGGAUAUUUGCCUCCCUCCCUGGGCAAAGGGUUCACCUGAAGAAUUCAUUAGGAGAAACCGGGAGGCACUUGAAAGUGAAUAUGUUAGUUCAAAUCUCCAUCAAUGGAUAGAUUUAGUAUUUGGUUACAAGCAACGAGGAAAACCUGCUGUGGAGGCAGCAAACAUCUUCUACUACUUAACUUAUGAAGGUGCUGUUGAUUUGGAAACAAUGGAAGAUGAUCUGCAAAGAGCAGCCAUAGAAGACCAGAUAGCCAACUUUGGUCAGACUCCCAUCCAGAUAUUUCGGAAGAAACACCCAAGAAGAGGGCCACCUAUUCCGAUUGCACACCCUUUACGCUUUGCACCUGAUUCUAUCAGUUUGACUUCCAUCGUUUCUAAUACUAGUCACCCGGCAUCUGCUGUAUUGUAUGUUGGUCUUAUGGAAUCCAAUAUCGUUCUUGUAAAUGACGGCCUCAUCUUGUCUGUUAAGAUGUGGUUGACAACACAGCUGCAAUCUGGUGGAAAUUUUACAUUCUCCGGUUCCCAGGAUCCAUUCUUUGGAGUUGGAUACGACAUACUUUCUCCACGAAAAAUCGGGAUUCCCGUGCCUGAAAAUGUUGAACUUGGAGCACAAUGCUUUGUAACAAUGCAGACAUCCUCCGAGAACUUUUUAGUAUCAUGUGGCAAUUGGGAAAAUAGUUUUCAGGUCAUAUCAUUAAGUGAUGGCAGAAUGGUACAGAGCAUUCGACAGCAUAAAGAUGUGGUGAGCUGUGUUGCAGUGACAUCUGAUGGAAGUAUCCUUGCAACUGGAAGCUAUGAUACAACAGUGAUGGUUUGGGAAGUUUUUCGUGGUAAAGCCACAGAAAAGAGGAUUCGUAACAAUCAGCCUGAAUUGCCUCGUAAAAACUAUGUAAUAGUUGAAACUCCAUGUCAUAUUCUUUGUGGACAUGAUGAUAUUAUAACUUGCUUACAUGUUAGUCAUGAGCUUGAUAUUGUAAUUAGUGGGUCAAAAGAUGGAACUUGCAUAUUCCAUACUCUGCGAGAAGGUAGAUAUGUAAGAUCCUUACGGCAUCCAUCGGGCAGUCCAAUAUCAAAGCUAGUUGUUUCUCAGCGCGGUCAUAUUGUGAUUUAUGCUGAUGAUGAUCUUAGUCUGCAUCUGUAUUCAAUUAAUGGGAAACAUCUUGCUGCCACGGAAUCUAAUGGACGCCUGAAUGCUAUUCAAUUGAGCAGAUGUGGUGAGUUUUUGGUAGGUGCAGGUGAUCAAGGACAGAUUGUUGUUCGCUCUAUGGACACCCUCGAAAUUGUUAAGAAAUAUCAGGGAAUUGGAAGGGCUAUAACAUCUCUAGCAGUAACGCCAGAAGAAUGCUUCUUGGCCGGCACAAAAGAUGGAAGCCUCCUUGUGUAUUCAAUAGAAAAUCCUCAACUUCGGAAAACUAACCAAAACAGAAAUGUGAGAUCAAAGCUUACUUAACAGGAAAGAUAACUACAGCAUGCAGAAGAUGUAUGGAAUUUUAACAGUUAGAGCUGACCUGUGAUGACUGUUCCAGGUGCACGCACAGGCCAGUGAUCACAAGUUUGAGGUUAUGCCAUGUUGCUUCCUUGCUGACCUUGUCAUUUUCUUCCCUUCGGGGUUUUUGAUGUCAUCCCCUUCAAGUACUUAGCCUCUGUAUAAUGUGAGAUAAAAGUGAGACCGCAUGGUGGAAUAUAGCUAAAGCAUAUUUUAAAUUCUUGCAUGGAGUUGAAGAACUGGGUUGAUUAUCUACUCUCAGAAACACCAUGAUGGGACAGUAAUUAGAUUCCCUGAAUCAGUUUUCUCGUGCCUUGAGUUGUUGAGAGGUGAAGACAUGAGGUUUUGUUCAUAAAUGUACAUUAUAUAUAUAUAUAUUCGUCAAUUCUGAAAUAGGAUUACUAGGUCUCUUGUGCGCUAAAAUUGUAGCUAUGAGCAAUUAUUUUUGUGUUUAUCAUCUGUUCACAUAACACAUAAUAUUAUUGUACAGACAGGCUUGAAUGCCAUAUCUUACAGCUGAAUGCAAAAGGAGGACUGUUCGGCAGUGUGUCA